AUGGUAUUAUUUUCUUCUAUUAUGAAUAAUAAAUAUGAAAAUGCUAAAAAAAUUAAAGAAGAUUUAGAUAUUAAAACAGUUGAAGAGGAAUAUAUAGAAUGUAAAAUAAAUAAUAAAAAAAAAAAAUGGUCUGAAAAAAAAUUAAAUAGCGAAUUAAGAAAUUUGAAUCAUGAUAUAAUUUGUAUGAAAAAAUACAAAUAUUACCCUUUCAAAAAGAAGUGUUACAAUAAUUUUUCCUUUUUGAAGGAGGGAGAAGAAUAUUAUUCAUCAAACGAAAAAUUAAAAAAAAGAAAUUAUAAGAUUAUUUAUGAAAACUUAAAAAGCUCUCCACCUAUUCAGAUUGCAUUUUGUGGAAUAUUAAUGACUAUAAUUAUUGGCUUAUUAGAAUUGAAAAAUAAAAAAUUUUAA